GUAUGUGCAUUUGGGUUGUUUUCCAUCAAAGUACUUGUUUAAAGAUUGUAAAGCAACAAUUUUCGUGGAUGUGUCUAAAAAUUGUAUUGAAUCUUAUCGACAUAUCCUAUACAAGUGUACAGAGCCAAAAUCUAUUGAAUAUUAGUUAUUUUAUAGACCGUCGGUAUGUCAAUAGGAAUAUAUUAACUAACUCUAGCGUGUGGCUUGUUUUUAGUGUACCACACCCCCCACAACAUUUCAUUUCGAUUGUUUUAUUUUACUGCCGGAAUUACCUUUUUCCAUCUGCUACUACAUGGUUCUAUAAAGUAGCUAAAUGUAUUUAUCUAAGAUUUAGUACAAGAAAUUCUGAUAUGGAAGGAAAAAAUUAAAAAAAAGACAUUAAACGAAUUUUUGUUUUGUUUCGCGUAAAUUGGACGUUUAGUUAAAUUACUCAUUUAAAAUAUCUUAAGUAACGUUAUUCAAUUACUACUAAGUGGGCAACAUAACGAAACGUGGACACAUGUUCAGAUAUACAUAUAUACCAAUUCAAGAAGUAAUAUUUCAUUUUCAAAAUAAGCAAGAACAAGAAUUGGGCUUAUUCCCUUUUACGGCAUCAAUCAAAUUUCAUCAAAUGUGUAGCGAAAUAUUCUGAACUCGAUAAAUUUUCAUAUCAAAUAUUUCUUUGACAUGCUCAUUGCAUUCAUAAACAUUAAGCAUUUAUAAUUUGAUAUGGAUAGAAGUGUGGACUCAAUUGGCAGCUGCUCUCUUGACGUCGACGCUGAUUCUACGGACGUGUCAGAUACAAGUGGGAGUUUAAAUUUUCCAACACCGAUUUCUAUUAAAGACAUAACCACAGAAUUCACCACAAAUAUACGAGAGCGAUGUUCGGUUCAGACUUUUCAUGAAAUCAACAAGAAUUUUAUGGGUCUUGAGUCGCAAAUGGUGUUGAAACAACCUCUUACAAAAGUCAACACAACAUGUGCCUUAUUAAAUUCAUCCAAUCCGAAUUCGAAUAAAAUCACUGUUCAGACAGAUUCAAGUUCAGACAAAAAGCCAAGUUAUCUGAAUCUGGCUUGUUGUGUGAACGGAUAUUCUAAUCUUACAACUUAUGAUUCGAAAAUACGACAAGAUAUAAAUAAAUCACGCGAGGUGUCCCCCAUCCGCCCGUCGUCAAAUAGCAUUCAGUAUUGUAAAAAAAGCAAUUCAUUGGCUCCACCAAUAUUAUUACAAAUGGCUGAUGGUAAAGGUGACGUUUCUAAUAUGAAACUUACGGCAACUAAUGGGCAUUCUAAUAAUUUCGUGUCUAAUAACGCUGAAAAUAAUGAACACUGUGAUUUACAAUGGCAGGAGGAUAUUCGCAAUACUAGCUUUAUUCAACAGCGAGUGGAACGGUUGUAUGGACCUGCUGCGUUAGCACAAGGUUUUUAUAGUCCAAAAAAAGUACGUAGCACUUUCGUUUGUACGAACCCACGGGAACGCGAUGAUGCUGGUUCAUCAGAACUUGCAAGAAAAUUUCAACAACUUACUCCAAGUAAAGAUUAUUCCGAGUUCAGGAAAAAGUUAAAUGCAACUAUAACAAAUUCUCCUCGGCAAGUUAUUUCAGCAACCGAAACUUCAACCUUUAAUAAUAACACUGUUGAUUUACCUGUAUUACGCCAUUUAAGCCAAGAGUUUCGUGCUCAGUUACCCAUAAUUUCGCCUAAAAAAAACCGUGCAAGAAUUUCUUUUCAAAAGAACUUAAGUUCGGAAAAUGAAACAACAGAGACGGUAGAAGUAUUAAUAGAUGAAGUGGAUCGUAAAGAAAUUCCGAAAUCUAUAUAUGGAAUAAGUAAUGAACAUUCAGAAAAUAAAGACAAUAUGCAAUACAAAAUUGCGGUAAAAUCCAAUUUAAAUGAUCCAACAAUAGAAUGCUUACAGAAAGAUGGCAAUUACUUUCUUCAUUUGCUGAAAAACGAACAGAGUAGACUUUUAGCUUUGGCUGAUAAGGCAGAACGAUAUGCUGAAGAAUUGUCUGACAACUCCGGCGUUUCAGAGGACACUUUAGGCUUCUUGCGUUCCGCUUAUGGCAAAGCUCGAUUGCUGGUGUCACAAAAGAUGAAGCAAUUUGAAGGCCUUUGUCAUAAUAAUUUGAAUUCAUCGCCAAAAGACAAAUUCCCAACUACAAAUGAUGAUCUGCAAGGAUUUUGGGACAUGGUGAAUUUGCAAGUCGAUCAUAUCAAUUCUAUAUUUGAUGAAAUAGAAGUAUUAAGACAAAACAAUUGGAAGAAACCGGCGGAAAUUCCACAUAGUGAAUCCAACAAAAUAUUCAAAAUACAACCAAAAACUAUAAAGACUGUCAACCAAAAGACAAAAUCUACUAUAUCUAAUGGAAAUGACUCGAAAACAAAAUCAGUCCCAUCGGCCGCGGCUUUGAAACGUGAAUCUCAAAGAAAGAUGCUCAUGGAAAUGAAACGAAAAAAUAAAAUCGCAAUGACAGCUAAAUCAACAAUAUCGGUUCGAGAUUCUGCUGAGCCACUUGUUGAAAAUGUAGACCCGCUAGAAACCGUUGAGAUAUUUGUCAAACACAGUAAUUGAGAGUUCGUUAAUGAGUGCUUUGGCCUUACUAAACUGUACUAGUCCUCUAACAAAAUCGAAUGAUAGAUAUGCUUCAUGUCAUACAUAUUCUAUAAAUCUUUCGCUUCGACUAAUUCUCGUUUCAUAUACAAUUGAUAAGAGUUAUAUACUACACCAAUAAUACUCGUUUUGCAGGCUAAUCGUUUAAAUAAAGCAGUGUGCUGUUAAAAAAAAAAUUAAGCAAUUUAUAUACAUAUGUGCUCAUUUUAGGGAUUCUAAAUCUGUUAUAUGAAAAAUGCAAUAUGAAUCAUUUACUUCAUUUUCGCUUUAAAAUAUAUUGGAAUUGAGCCAAAUUCAUAGUUUUCAAUUUAGUUAAAUUAUAUUUACUGUUACUAGCUUAAAACUAUGAAAAAAUGUUGGAAUUGGUUGACAUCUUGAAUACGCACUGUACAUACAAUUUUGAUAUUUUUAUAUUAAUUAAUUUACCAUAUGAAUUUUGCGUGAUUGUCACAGAAUAUUUAACACAAAAAUACAUUUAUUUUAUGAAAAUUUUAAA